GCUGUGGUUCAGACCAGGAUGGUCUUCAGUUCCUCCUCUCCUGUUCCCACUGAGAGUUUGGUCCUAAGUGCAAUCCAGACGCUUCUGAAUGCUCGACUCACAAACCUCACUGACUCUGUAAAAGUGCUGAACUUCACCUAUCAGAGUAUGUUUUCUUUACUAAUGACAUCAUACCACUACAACUUCUCACAUCAGUGUCCCAUCAGUAUAUAAUCUGUAAUUUUAUAAGCAAUUCUAAUAGACAUUUGAUUUGUUCCACAGAAAUUUCAAACACCUCCUAUGCAGUCAUCUUCACAUGGAACGUCAGGAACAUCAGAAUGGCAAAGAACCCAAACCUCAGGAAUGACACCUACAACCAAGUGCGGAGCAUCAUCAACAAUGCUAUAAACACACUUCUAAAUGAACCUGGUGCAGAAAAAUUUGAACCCCAGAUCCCUUCCUUCACGAGUUCAGGAAACCAGGUUAAUGGUUACAUGGGGUACCACUUCCAAGAUGGAGACACCAAAACACCAGCAGCCUUCAUAAAUGAGCUUAGACCUGUAUCUGGUUCAGCUGUGGUUCAGGCCAGGAUGGUCUUCAGUUCCUCCUCUCCUGUUCCCACUGAGAGUUUGGUCCUAAGUGCAACCCAGACUCUUCUGAAUGCUCGACUCACAAACCUCACUGACUCUGUAAAAGUGCUGAACUUCACCUAUCAGAGUAUGUUUUCUUUACUAAUGACAUCAUACCACUACAACUUCUCACAUCAGUGUCCCAUCAGUAUAUAAUCUGUAAUUUUAUAAGCAAUUCUAAUAGACAUUUGAUUUGUUCCACAGAAAUUUCAAACACCUCCUAUGCAGUCAUCUUCACAUGGAACGUCAGGAACAUCAGCAUGGCAAAGAACCCAAACCUCAGGAAUGACACCUACAACCAAGUGCAGAGUAUCAUCAACAGCGCUAUAAACACACUUCUAAAUGAACCUGGUGCAGAAAAAUUUGAACCCCAGAUCCCUUCCUUCACGAGUUCAGGAAACCAGGUUAAUGGUUACAUGGGGUACCACUUCCAAGAUGGAGACACCAAAACACCAGCAGCCUUCAUAAAUGAGCUUAGACCUGUAUUGGGGAAUGUCCUGAUAAACAUUCAUCUACUAUUUAAGAACUUCACCAGAGUACCUAGUGAGGCUGAGGUCCUCAAAGCUGCGAAUGCUCUGCUGGACCCAAAGAUCAGAAGAGCACGAGAUCUUACAACAAAAAAACUGAACGACCCUGUGAGCAUACAGAAUGUCACCUAUCAGAAAAUUGAAAACAACUCAUACAUUAUUAGCUUUGGAUUCCAAAUCAGUGAUGUGACCAUCUCCAAAGACAUUCAGCUGAGGAACGAAACAUAUGAUUUAAUCCAAAACACCAUCAACAGCCUGCUGAAUGAUAUUUUGAAUGCAAAAGGUGCUACUCCAUUUGUCUUCCCACGAGCAAACUACACGCUUAAUGGUAACGAAAUUGUGGCUAAUUUUGAAUACGUCUUUGUGGAAGGUGACACCAAGUGGACACCAAGUGGAUUUCUUUCUGAAAUACUCAACAUUAGAGUGUCGUCUACAACAGUUUCUCCAGCAACUACAAAACCUGUUAUUUUGACUUCACCAGCAACUCCCUCAGUAAUAUCUGGUUCAGCUGUGGUUCAGACCAGGAUGGUCUUCAGUUCCUCCUCUCCUGUUCCCACUGAGAGUUUGGUCCUCAGUGCAAUUCAGUCUCUUCUGAAUGCUCGACUCACAAACCUCACUGACUCUGUAAAAGUGCUGAACUUCACCUAUAAGAAAAUUUCAGACACCUCCUAUGCAGUCAUUUUCACAUUCAACAUCAGUAACAUCAGCAUGCCAGAGAACCCUGAGCUCAGGAAUGACACCUACAAUGAAGUGGAGAGCAUCAUCAACAAAGCUCUAAACACACUUCUAAAUAAACCUGGUGCAGAAUCAUUCCAACCUCAUGAUUUUUCUUUCAUGAGUUCAAAAAACCAGGUUAAAGGUGACAUGGAGUACCACUUCCAAGAUGGAGACACCAAAACACCAGCAGCCUUCAUAAAUGAGCUUAAAGCACAGAGCACACCUAUAUUGGGGAACGUCCUGAUACACAUUCGUCUAGUUUUUAAGAACUUGUCCAGAGUCCCUACUGAGGCUGAGGUUCUCAAAGCUGCUAAUGCUCUGCUGGACGCAAAGAUCAGAACAGUGCGAGAUCUUACAACUCAAAAACUGAACGAACCUGUGAGCAUACGGAACGUCACCUAUCAGAAAACUGACAACAACUCAUACAUUAUCAGCUUUGUGUUCCAAAUCAGUGAUGUGAACAUCUCCAAGGACAUCCAGCUGAUGAAUCAAACAUUUAAUUUAAUCCAAAACACCAUCAACAUCCUGCUCAACACUAUUCUGAAUGCGAAAGGUGCUGCUCCAUUUGUCUUCCCACGAGCAAACUACACGUUUAAUGGUACAGUCGUUGUGGCUGAUUCAGAAUACGUCUUUGUGGAAGGUGAAACCAAGUGGACACCAAGUGGAUUUCUUUCUGCAAUACUCAACAUUAGCGGUCUGUCGAACUUCACCACUCCUGCUGCUCAAACAACCCCCCCUGUCCAUGUAGUCCUGAGGCCCACAGUCCAAAUAAACAACACCACCUCUGGGGGAAAUGCUGCAUGGAUCCUGGCCAUCAUUAUCCCCUGCAGUAUAGUCAUUAUUCUCAUACCGUGCUGGAUUCUGCUCUGCUGUCUCCUGUGUGGCUGCUGUGCUGGUUUAAGGAGGCGCUACAACAGAAGACGGUCCUACAAUGUCCAACGCACAACACAAAAUGGACUCUUUUAAAAACAGUUUGAGUGUAAAAUAACAAAAUAUAACUUGUAACCGUUGGAAUCUAUUUUACUUCAUAGUUUAGUCUUCUAUUUAUUUAUUUUAUUCUAUUUUAUUUAACCUUCAUACCCAAAAAUUUACUGUUCUGAAUUAUUAUUAAGCUGCAUACCAUCUAUUAAAGUGAAUUAUUAACAGGAUAAAGUAUAUAUUUUUUUCCAAACUCAAAUGUUCACAAAUAUUUUAAUUUAGUUUAUUUAUUAAGGACAUUUAGAAUAAAGCUUAUGAAAUUAUGUCUCUAAAUGGGUAUUAUUCUAUUUUGAUUUGUUAUUCUAUAAGGCAUCAUGUUGCAGUAAUGUCAUUUUAAUUAAUAAUUAAUAAAUAAUAAGACAUUAUUUUAAUCUCAAUUAUCCAUCAGAGUUGCAUAGAAAUGAGAGCAGAUUUGUUCGCCCUGAAUGCUCCAGGUACACUGGUUUCCUCUGUCUCCAAAAAACAUGCCAGUAUUUGGACUGACCAGUCUGAACUGCACAUCACUGGAGGGGACAAAUGCAAGUGUACCACUGUGUGUCAUCAGUGAAAUCAACAGUGGAAGUUAAUACAAUGUUUUUCGAAUAGUUUUGCCCAGAGGUAGCAUAUAUAAAGAAAAGAGCAGUGGGCCUAAAACAGAGCCUUGUGGGACACCAAACUUUACCUUAGCAUGAGAAGAGAAGUCACCAUUUACGUUUACAAACUGAUAACGAUCAGUCAAAUAAGACCUGAGCCAGGAAAGGGCUGUUCCCUUAAUGCCUACUACAUUUUCCAGUCUAUCGAGGAGAAUCGC